UACUAGUGCUCGGAAUUACAAUGAACGAAGAACUACUCAUGGAGGACAACAUCCACACUGGAAACUCUCUGUUGAAUAAACCUGAGCUGGCUAUUCAGGCCGAGGAAGGAAGCACUGAUGAGAAUGAUAAUGAAAUAGAAGCAAUGGUAAAAGACGAACAUUUUCUAAAGUCUAAUCUUGUAGAAAGAGAUGAAAACAUGGCACAGGCUGGAUGUGAAAGAGCACUCACUACCCAGAAGUAUCUUCGUAAAUUCCGUACAGCUGUUCUCGUUGUUCAAGUCAUUCGCAACCUUAUAAAAAUUUAUAGAGACUAUGCAGCAUCCAGGUCUGAACCAAUGUCAUUCAGUGAAUACGCUGGGUUUGAGACAGAGACUGACAAUCUUCUCUUCGAUCGUUCCUAUUUCAAAGCAAAACUGGAGAUGGUCGUCAGUUCUGAUGCACAAUCAAUUCUGUCAAGCCCACCACAGAAGAGGACACCAGAAGGAAUAAAGCUGGCCAUGCUUUCUCUUAGAGCUACGGUGAACUCGUAUGCUGAAUACCCAGUGAAUAUACAAGAGAAUAUAGCCAAAGUUGGAUGGUAUGAACGUUUUGGCCCAGGAAGAGUUAUCAUCAGACAAGGUCACGUUGCUCAGAACUUCUACCUGAUUCUCGCAGGCACAGCCGUGGUUACCAAGGUGUCUCGGAAUAAAAAGACAGGGGAAUAUUUCUCAAAGACUGUAGCCUUCCUCAAGAAAGGAAAAUACUUUGGGGAUGUUGCUAUUUUGACUGGUGCAAAGAGGAAUGCCACUGUCGUGUGUCAUGAUACAGUUUCUUUACUUGCCAUAGCAAGGCAGGAUUUUUUGAACAUUUUUUCAAACAGCGAGCUUCAAGAAGGGCUGGAACAUAUCAAAUUUCUGAAUAGCAUCGAUCUCCUUUCCGGAUGGCCGGUUCAUAAGCUUCCGUACAAUAACCCAAGGAUUUGUGUCCAUACCUUCUACAGGCCUGGAACAGUUAUUACAAAAGACUCAAAGGCAUCUUCCAAAAUAUACGUGAUCAAAACAGGGUUGGUCCGGGUUUUAAAAUCUAUGAGAAAUGUGAAAGUACUAUCAUCGCUAAAAGCAUAUAAACCUUCUGGUAAAACUAUGUCCAAAGAAGACAGUGUGAGUCGACCACCAACUGAGAAUGAAGAGCAUGGAAAUGAGCUCUACGCGUCUAGUUUCAGCGAUGAGAAGUAUCUGUUACCUGUUUUAGAAAAAGAUCAAAAACUCUCUACGGCAAGUGGAAAUGAUACACAGCACCGGAGAAUUGGGGCAACUGUAAAUCAGCCAUUAUUUUCUACACUAGCAGAAAACCAAAACAGAGCUUCUCAAAUAUUUAUUCAUAUCCAAACUCUCAGAGCCGGAGACAUAUUUGGCCUGGCUUAUACAGUUUUUGAAGAUACAGUUGGCAUGGCUCUCGUUUCAGAUGGAGCCGAGUGCAUAGUGAUUUCUAAACAAUUCUUUCAAAAACAUAUGGAUGAAGAAUAUCAUCAUAAAUUGUCUAGAAAAAUUGAGCCGUAUCCAUCCAAAGAAAUGCUGCAGCAGAAAAUGGAAGACUAUGUUAAAUGGAAAGCCUACAAGUCUCAUAUUAUCAAAAUGAAACGUUGAUCAAGGUAUAAAUGUACGGUGCUACGCCAUUGAAUUCAAGUUAAGAUUUUGUAGAGUCUUCAAUAAACCACGAUUUGACAAUGUAU